UUACGCGCAGUCGUAUAAUUUGCACUCAAGUUUCUACGUCCGCCGUCAGAGGAUGCCCACCGCGUCUUUCUUUUCUCUACAAUACAGAUUUUCAUCCGCGAGUGCCUCUCGACGAAAAAUUUCAAGAGACACAUGACAUAUCUGAACCACUUUUUAAGAUCACAUGUUCAUUCGCAUUUUACAGACACAAUAUUAUAAAUAUAACAUCGAUGACACACGUAUGCUUAUAAUAAUCUAUAUACAUAUGUAUACGUAUAUGUAGUGUCGCGGCAAGCAGCGAGGGAGACUCGUGCAAGGUCUACAAUGUCAAGGAGUAAUGGAUCGAGUAAGGAGUAAGAAUAACAAUUGAUCAAUUAAAAACCGGGAGUAAACGAAAUGGGCAAAUCUCAUUUCAUAUUUCUUACUUAAUUCUUACUCCUACUCCAUUACUAGCUCCACUGUGUAAGAAGGUUCCCGCAUUACCAACGCAUUUUUCGUGUGUAGGUUCGCGGUCCUACUAAUAGCUCGCGCGACAGGAGGGUUGCGCGCGCGCGCACUGACUGACUGACCAGUUGACCACUCUGACGGCCGAAAGCCGAGAGCAGCAGUGUCGUCGCGAAAGGCGAUACGCGUAUUUCAACGCGUGUCGCGCGAGUUUAUCUGGCGUGAAGAGUAUCGGGGAGAUCUGCGAUAAUCGCGGCAACGUGUGGCCGAAGUGAUUCUCGACGAAGGCGAUACGACGACGAAGGCGGGCGUGCUUUCUUUCGUGUCCAACUUUGAACGGACGAGAUUGGCACUCUGUGCGCACGCUAGGACGUACGUCGCCGCGAGAAACGCCAUUUUGUGAUCGUGUUGUCGGGACGUAAACAUCAGACUUUCCAGUUGCCUUUGAUGUGACGGGAGAGCAUCUUGUUGACGAAUCACCGUCCAAACAGCCUUUCCGUCGUCCGGCGCGACAUCGUUCCCGCAUUCCAGCCGAUCGUCGCAGCACGACAUCGUCCCACGACUGGCUAACGUAGUGACGUUUCGCGCCAAAUCCUGCCGAGACCGCUGGCAGCCUGGCACUGGCACGCACACGAUACACGGACACACCUGGCGUUCUCCGCCUGGCGGCCGCCACGCCGCGCCGCAUCGCACCGCACCGCGGUACGAGAAACAGCUGUCGUUGCGUCGCGCAACGAUAACGGCUCCCUAUCCGUCGCACACCAACUAGACAACCGGCAACGACGAGAGAUCGUUGCACGAUCGAUCGGCAUCGGCGACCGAAACCGCGAUACGAUGUACUACGUCGCGCCGCGUCGCCCCGCGUUCCGAUUUCACGCAAACGUUACGUAUCUCUUGUUUACGUGUGAUGCGUCAUAGAGAUGGUCACAAAUCUCGAAACACUCGACAAAUACCGACGACUUGAUCAGGUUCUAUACUAGUUGGGAGUGUUGGGACUGUGAGGGACAUUUCACCUUUUCCUUUUAUGUCGUGAAUUUUCAUCGAGAUGCAAGAUCGCGUACUCUAGCGAUUAAUUCGAGUUGGAAUCGUUUAAACAGAAAUAUACUUGACAUAAAAUUGGAAAAGUAUAUUUGUUUUAUAUAAGGUCUAAAACUUUUAUGUGCGUGUGACGCCAUUGCAAGAGCUUUAAUCGCCACUUAAAAAUUGUGUGCUACGUCAAGAAUGACCGUGGCGAUUGUUUGCAAAUAAAUAUUUUAUUGACUAAGAUUUGAAGAUAUGCUUUUUGUUAUUGCAAAGAGGCUUGAUGAAAACACAAAAAUAUAAGGAAUGGUAUUCUAUUCGAUUCAGCUGGAUGUCAGAUAAGCUGAAAAAUGUCUGGUGAUGCAGGAUGGAACGCCGUUAUUCAUCAUCCUUCCGACUUAGAAUUGCAAAAUUGGAAUUGGGAAGAAAAUGAUGGGGAGCAAGAGAAAGAGCUCCCUUCGACCGUUGACAUGGAUGCCAUAAAAGGCGGCGGUAGUUGGGAUCCUGCUACUGAACCUAAUGGAACAGAUUCGGUCGAUUCCGAAGAAGACUCUGAUUCCGACGACGAAACCUCUGGUGGAAGUGAAGAUAGUUGCUCUUAUUCGGAUUCUAAUUCGGAGUCAGACGACGAAAGUAGCGGCGACGAAGAAGAGGAUAGCGGCUCUAAUUCAGACUGUUCAUCUGAACAUAGUGAACAAACAUUUUCUAUUCAAGAAACUAACUUUGAACAAGGUGCAUUGAAAUUGAAAAUCACCAUGAAAGGUCCAAAAAAGGAAGACUCUGAGAAAAUUAAGUGUGAAAAAAAUAAGAGAACUGUUACAAAAAAGCCUAAGACCAAUCAAGGAAAUAAGUCCACAGAAUGUAGUAGCGAAGAUUCGGACUCGUCUAUGGGUCGUGCAGCGUCGCAACAAGCACAGCAACAAUUGCAGCAGCAUCAGCAUCACGUGCCGCUACAAGAAGUCAAUCAGGAAAAUUUAACGACCAUCUUGCCUCCACAAGAGCAAGAGGACGCACCAUUCGACGGAUUUGAGGAUUCGGAAAGUGGUCGACUGGUGUCAAAGGCAAUCGAGCGUAUGUCACUCGGUGCAGACUCAGACACGAGCGAAAACGGCGAUCAGAAUCCCGUACCCGUAUAUAGCUCCACAUUGUUACAGCAGUUUGUCGAAAAGACCGCUAUGUUGUCGGAGCCACGCAAGAGGCGCAGCAAAUGCGGCAAAAAGUUGAACAACGACAAUGAGUAUCCCUGCGUGUCAAACGUGUCGCCCGACUCUGGGAUUCAGUCGGUGGACAACAGUCCGUUACACCUGACUAUCAGUCCUGUUAGUCCUCCAGCGCCGACCCAAUCUCCGACCCAGCCGCCAAUCGCCACUAGACCGGCGGUAAAUGUCGAUCGAGUUUUGUAUCCUCCGAAAAGAAAACCUGGUAGACCUGCGAAAACAGUAUCUACGCAACCACGCGGACCUGGCAGGCCACGUUUAAAGCCGGAAAUUGUCGAGAAGAUUCAAAAGAUUGAGAAAGAAAGAAACGAGUCGUUUAAAAAUUUAAAGAAUCCUGAUUCACGAGUAACGGAAAAGAAAGAAGCUGUAAAGGAAUCGACUGUAAAAAGCACAAAAGAAGAUACAUCUUUGAUUAAAAAACGAGGUAAUGCAAAGUCCAUUGCGUUGAGAGAGGUCAAAGAGGACGCAUCUCCUGCGAAUAAAAGGAUUAAAGGUAAAACGACAACGUAUCGAAAGAAACGUUAUGGUAAUUCUCAGGUGAAAUCUUCACAGGACAAGUCAGUGGUCAAGAAGACGAAUUCCCCGAUGCGAGUAAAGUGCCUAAACAGAUCCACCGCGAGCAAACUUGUGCCACAGUGUGAUGGCCGGACCUGUCGGAAAGUUAGACAGGAUAGAACGUGUGUGUCUAACAAGACCACAGUCCCACUGACACGACAGAAGCAAAUGUCCUGCGAACAUCAAGUAACUAAUGAUCAAAAGAUUUUAAGCACGAAUAAGAGAACCGGCUCAAAGGAGAACAGGAAUAACGCGGCCACUAUUGUAUCCAAAAAGCUAGUGAAGAAGAUUACGCCUCCAACCACUAGGCGUAUUCUCAAAGAGAAUAAAUGCAACAAGAAAACUACCACAGCGGGCUUUGAGACCAAUGGCGUGGGUGUGCAGACAUUAAUAUCGCUGCCAGUCGGCGAUAUAUUGAAGGCAGAAAAUAUGGAUCGAGCUUCCAGCAAGUGCGACAAACCGAUGCAACACAAUUAUUGUCACAAACAUCAUCAUCAUCAUCAUCAUAAUAAUAAUAAUCAUCAUCAUCAUCAUCACAAACAUCGUCGGAGACUACUUGCGCCGCCGAAGAAUCCUAUUCGCAUUGAUCCAUAUAUCAUCCAGGAACUCGAGAAAUUGAUCGAAGAAUUUGCGAGAGUGUGCAGCCUAGGCAAGAACAGCACUAGCGUUAAUCAUUCCGAGUUACCGCAAAUCUUUCGCGUGAAGAAGCUCACGAAGAAGAGAAAAGGUUGCGAUGUCGGUGCGAAUGACGAUCAGAAGUUGAAACGACGCUUGAAGAAAGAAAAAGUAUUGACGGGCACUGACUCGAAGAGCAGCGCUAAUACUAGCACAAGUUCUAACCCAAACGAGCAGCGGUUACCAUUGAAAAAACGUCACUAUCACGUAUCGAGUCCGCACAGUUCACAAAGCUCGAACGCGAGUUGCACAGAUACGAACGCAAACGAGUUCAAUUCCACCGAAAGUCAUAUAGAGGAAGCGAUCGAAGCUACUAUUACGAGAUAUGGUGGCGGCAGCUCAACAUCCUCUGUUCAUGACGAGGAAGCAAUGCCAGUAACACCGAAAAAAAGGCCAAGAGAUGCCGAGACCGUGACAUCCGAGAAACAGGGCAGCGAUGAAGAUAAAUCCACCAAUCAAGUAGAGAUUCAACCCCGCCGAAAGAAAAAGAUUGUAAAGGAUCUUCGUGUCACUGUUACGAAAUUGUCAUCCGAAAGUCACAGUUUUCUCGACAAGAAUGACAAAGAGAAAUCCAUGGAUAAAAAUGCCAAGAUCACAGAAAAAUCUAGUAAAUCGGAAAAGAUAACCAUAUCGGACAAGUCUAAGGCCGAUAAAACGCAAUUAAAUGACAAAAUAAAUUCCGCCGAACACGUUCGUAUGGAAAAGAAUAUAAAAGUCGAUUCGGAAACGCACGUGUCUGAUAUGUUCGACGAAAGUGAAGCUGUGAUCGAGAGCAAGAUAGCACAGACCGGUAAUUUGAGCGUGCCAAAUCUUAUGAAUAAUACCGCGGCCAUGAUACUCACGAAGAAGAAGAUACGAAGACGGAAAGCCAUUAAUCGCACAGGCUUUCCUACUCUGAAGAAAAAGAAGAAGAAGCAGCUUGUAUAUUCUUCCAAAGUGGCCAAGUCAACAUUAUUGAUCAGCACUAAUGGGAUAUGUAAGGAUCAAGACACGGUCGAAGAUGUGGAGGAUAAUAAGUCAUCUUUGCUGGAAAGUAAAGCUCAGAACAUUAUAGAGAACAGCGAUACUAUCGGCAAUACUAAAAGUGACGUGAAGAAUUUGGACAACUCUAGUAUGGUGCAAGAAACUGGAAGUCGAAGCGGUUCCGAUGAAGUAAUCGAAUCCUGUCCUGGGCAGCUACGAGUUCGUAAGGAUCUCGUGGAAUCCGACAACAGCGUACUGUCCGACAAGCUAUUUUCGAGUCCGAUAAAGUACGAGAAAAUACCGGACUGUCGAAUUUACGACGAGAAUGCAUCAUUGGAGGAAUCUCUCGAACGUUACAAUCAGAGCCAACGUAUCGCGGAAUUAAACGAGGAGAAUUUGAGGAAAUUGGAACGCGUGAACGCUCAAGCUGCAAAUGUGAAGAUGGAAUUAUCUGGUUGUUUUAACAAUAAUCACAAAAGAAGAAGAGGCUCGACUAGUCCUUCCAAUUUGUAUGGGAGAAGCGCAAAAAAAUUAAGGAGCGCGGGCUACGAUACAGAGAGCGAGGCACCGCCCAGCAGCGAUGUGGCCAGCGAGGAUCAAGAUAUCGGCAGAAAACUCAUGGGUCCCAUUCAUAAUCGAAAAAAACAAUCGAGAUGGAAGAAACGAUAUUUACAAGCCGGCAACAUAUUUUCCGAGUACAAAAAGGAUAUCGAGUCUAAAAAACUCUCUGGCAUUGAUGCCAAACGAAAACUUAUCGUUUGCGCUAAUUCAGACGAACAUUAUGCUGCAGAGCAAUUACCAAAUAUUAUACCAACUGGAAAACUUUUGCGACAAAGGAAAACGCCAUUUCAACUGCAAUACGAUUUAUUGUGGUUGCACGCUCAAUCAAGAUUACCUGGUCGUGAUUUGGUGCCAUCGUGGAAUUACAGAAAAAUUCGAACGAACAUUUAUUAUGACGUUAAACCAACUACUCUCUACGAGGCGCAAGCCUGUGAGUGCAAACCAGAAAGCGGCUGUGGCGACGAUUGUAUUAAUCGCAUGGUAUUCAGCGAAUGCUCGCCACAAUUAUGUCCCUGUUCUGACAAAUGCCAGAAUCAAAAGAUUCAAAAGCACGAGUGGUCACCAGGACUACAGAGAUUCAUGACUGAGGACAAGGGUUGGGGAGUAAGGACACAACAAGCUAUCAAAUCUGGGGACUUUAUCCUUGAGUAUGUAGGUGAAGUCGUAUCAGAAAGGGAAUUUAAAUCAAGGAUGGCAACCAGAUACGCCAAUGAUACGCAUCACUACUGUUUACAUCUGGAUGGUGGUCUAGUAAUCGAUGGCCAUCGCAUGGGAGGUGACGGAAGAUUUGUAAAUCAUUCGUGCGAACCCAAUUGUGAAAUGCAGAAAUGGAGCGUUCUGGGGCUACCACGUAUGGCGCUAUUUGCAUCGAGAGAUAUUAAACCGGGAGAAGAAUUAACGUACGAUUAUAAUUUCGCACUUUUUAAUCCAUCGGAAGGACAACAAUGUAGAUGCGGUAGUAAUGCCUGUAGAGGCGUCAUAGGUGGUAAGAGUCAAAGAGUAGCUCGAAGCAUUCCCUCUUUGUCAUCGCAAAUGGAGCCUAUCGAAAGGAGAUCGGUAGGCAGACCACGGAAAAACAUUCGUAAAUCGAACGCAGUGCAAUCAACCAACUCCAAAAACAUUUGCAAGUCUCGCAAGGUGGGAGAUCCAAUCUUGACGCAUAACACGCCGCAGUUGAAACCAAUGUCUUAUCAGCAGCGAUGUUUCGCGCGUGAACAUCACUGUUUCUUAUUAAGAAAUCUAGAGAAAGUACGACGACUCAAAUCGGCGUCGGUACAGCAAAUUCAAAUACAGAACGGAAAAGCAAAAUCGGGUAAUACGAACGUGGCGAAAGAAAAGAGUUCGGGCGAUUCUAAAGCACAGUCAGAUGCAUUUUUCUCUCAAUUGACUGCGCUGACAAACACCAAUGCGCGUACUGUACGAACGCGUAGACUUGCACAAGCACAGGAUGACCCGGAGGUACAUAAGACUGCAAAACUAGCCAAGGUAUUAAAAGAUUUGUAUACAAUUGUUGCAACAACAAAUGAUGAAAACGGUCAGUUGUUGUGUAUUCCGUUCAUGACUUUGCCUCCUAAAAAAAAAUUAUCCGAUUACUAUGAGAAGAUCGUAGAACCUAUCGAUAUGAUUACAAUAGAACAGUGUAUUGGUACUGGUCACUACAAGACUGCAGAACAUUUUGACCAAGAUAUGAUAAGACUUUUUGACAACAAUGUGAGAUUUUUUGGUAGAACGUCCGAGAUAGGAAUCGCUGCGGCAAGAUUACGGAAAUUGUACUUGGGUAGUAAACCUGAUUUUGUGGAUGCUAUAACGGAGGCAACAGGCUCUCCGCCGUCUCAAGCCUUUUUACCACCUCGUGGAUCCACAGCUGGAGAAGAAGAUGUAAUCAGAUGCAUUUGCGGACUACACAGAGAUGAAGGUUUGAUGAUCCAAUGUGAACGCUGUCUCGUUUGGCAACAUUGCGACUGUGUCAAAGCAGACACGAGCGUCGAAUCUUAUCUAUGUGAAAGAUGUCAACCUCGUGAGGUUGAUUUGGAAAUUCCACUAGAAGGCGAGGAAGAAGAAGAAGAAGAAGGCAAGAGGCACUAUGUGACGCUGAUGCGAGGUGAUCUACAACUUCGACAAGGCGACACGGUAUACGUUUUAAGGGACACGCCUGACAAACACACAUAUAAAACUAUCCAAAAUCCUGAUUAUGAGCAAAUGGAUAUUUUUAGAAUUGAACGUCUAUGGAAGAAUAAAGAAGGCGAGAGAUUUGUGUUUGGACAUCAUUAUCUUAGGCCUCACGAAACAUAUCAUGAGCCAACGCGAAAGUUUUAUGUAAACGAAGUUGUGUGCGCUCCAUUAUACGAGGCUGUCCCUUGCGAUCUCGUGGCCGAGCGAUGUUGGGUAUUGGAUCCUCACACUUUCUGUAAAGGACGUCCUGUCGGCUCUACUCCUGAACAUACUUAUGUAUGCGAAUAUCGUGUUGAUCGUGCAGCACGACUUUUUACGAAGGUGGCUAGAGCAAGACAUACAGUAUGCACGAAACCUUAUGCAUUCGAAAUCUUUCCACAACGUAUAAAGCAUUAUCGCACUUAUCUGCCUCAUAGUCUUGAUGGAAUCAAGAUGUCUAAAGACAAAAAAAAGAACAAUCAAGAAAUAGAGGGAAAUCAAAAGUCGGAAUCCAACGAUAAUAUAAAAACACAUAACAAAGAACAUAAAUAUAGCAAUAAGACCAGGCAGAAGUCGGGCGAGAUCUUGACGAUCGCAUCACCUGCGACAUCAUACGCUCAUCGAGAGGAACAGAGGAAAAGAUUGAACAGCAUUCUACUGAAUCUACUACAAAGAAUGCCAAAUAAAAAAGAUCCGUUAGAUUUGUCAUUUCUUCUAGAAAGGAACAGGCGAAAUCGGAAAAGACCCGGCGGACUUAAUCCGUGACAAUGGGUAGUAUCACAACGAUAAUAUCGUAUUGUAUAUAUAGGCUAAUCUAGAAUUACUAAUUUUAAUCUGUUAGAUUAAUACGAUAAUUGGUUUCAAACCAUCGUUCUGUUACAUAAGAAUCAAGAUAAUUGUAAAUCUAUCCUUUUUCCUUCCCCUCUCUUCGCCCUCUCAACGAGGAAAGUAUGAGAGAAGUUUUCCUCUUCAUACAACCCGUCCAUUGGUGUAAUUUAUAUCUAUAUAUAGUAGCCAAAAUAAUAUCUAACAUAUACAAAAUUGGUAAUCAAUAUUUUUUUACACUUUUUUUGUCUUAUAGAUAUCCUGUUAUAGACGAUUACAUCUUAAUGUGCUUUUUUUUUUAAAUUUACUCUCAACUUUUUAAUUAUUAGCAAUAAAAUAAGUACCAUUGAUUUAUGAUAAUAUUAAGAAUCAUGUCGCCAGCAAUUAAAAGGUACUUUAAAACUAAGUAAAUUAUUUUAUUUUGAUUAAGGUAUUUAAUAAAAGUCAAGAGUAAUCGAGUUAAAAGUUAAGACUUGUAUUCGCGCUUAUAACAGUAUUAAUAUGCUAUUUGCAUCAUUCUAUCUUUGUUCUACAUUUAAUGAAUAAGCAUAAAAUAAUAGCGUUUUAACAUUAUUAUAAGCAUUUCGAAUACAAGGUCUUUGUGUAAUUGAUUCUCCUGAGAAUUGGUUUAUUGCAUUAAUAUAAUUGCGAAUCGUGGACUUGUAUAGAAAAUAUUUUGUACAUUCUUUUUCAUAUAGUUGAUAUAGCUAAAUGUACAAAUUACACAUUUUGUGCGGUCAAAAGAGUAAACGUUAUAUCAGUGCGAGUGAGAAGAAUCAAUGACACUGAAAUGUGAACACAAGCGUGUGUAUUCACGUAUCUAAUGCUUUAUUGCACAGAAGUAAUAUUAUAUUUUUCAUAUUUUCUCGAUUUAUAUUUGAAACACGUGUAACAUACUUUCUUCACUUUAUGAAGGACUCUUUACUGCUGUAUUUAAUUUAUUGAAUAGUCGAACGCGAUCGAAUGGGUCGCAGUGAUUCCAAAAUUGUACAUAUGUGUACUCGGAACUUUAUAUUUAUUAUUGCAUUACACAGUAUGGUAGAUACAUAGGAUGAUAAAUAUGUUUGAUACAUAUGAAUUUAUUCUUUUCUUUUUCUCGUACUAAACUAUUUAAUAUUAUCUAUCUAUUAUAUUUACUUUUAUAGAAAUCUUUACUUUGUUUCAACGUAAGACGAAAGCAUUAAAAGCACUUAUUAUUAUUAACAUAUUCUACAUAUUGAUCAUGAAAUUUAUAUAUAUAUAUAUAUAUAUAUAUAUAUAUAUAUAUAUAUUUCGUCAGAGAAUAAAAAUAUUUCUUUUACAACUUAUAUGUGAAAUAUCAGCAAUAAGUAAAUUAUUGAAAUAUUUAUUAUAUUGUGUAAUUCAAAAAUAAAAAAAAACGAAGCUGGCCUUCUAUGUAAGGUAGUAUAUCAUGAAAGAGAGAUACACGGUGUGUGAGAAUUUUGAAAAGAAUUAAAAUACUGCUGAUCCAAUUCUGCAUUGAUUAUAAGACAUCAAAUGGAAUGUCAUAGCCGUGCAUUUUCCAUGACAUGUAGUUGCGUUAUUUUAUUAGAUAAUUUUUAUUCGUUAAGAAUGUAAAAUGCAACAUAUAUUUGUAUCAUAUUGAUAUCGAAAUUAACAUUAGCGUAGAAAAGGAACAUUGAAUAUACAGUUUAUUUUAACGUAUACAAUUACGAUCAUAUCACGCGUGGCUUUUCUUACCAUAUACAAAUGUAUGCACUGUAAAAUAUUUUUAGUGAUUCAAAAUUAUUUUAUUAAUUAUAUAUAUAUUUUUCGUUUGCUUUUGCUCUACUCGUGCAUUGAGAUUUUGUACAUAUUAUUUGUAAGAGUAACAUUCAUCUAUGUUUUGUAGACGGACAAAUAUCUCUUUUCAGCUAUAAUGCCAUUAUAACUAAUAAUAAUAUUAACAAUUAUAGCGACAUGUGUAACAACGAUUCUUAAUCAAAUACCUUUAUUGAAAUCGUUAUAUAUUAAAAAAUUUCAUAAAUUAUGUUAUUAAACGUUUCGUAUAGUAUCAUAAUAUAUGAAGAGGUAUUAUAUAAUUCUUAAUUGUAUGGACAAAGGUUUUUUUCGCGAUUACAUAUAAUUUUUUCAUUUAUCUUAUUAGAAAGGUUUAGCAAAGUCGACAAAAAAAUGUAUUGCAACAAAAAAAAUCAAUUUUUAUACUAUCAAAGAUCGGAAAAUUUUUUUAGAUCUAAAUAACUUUCGUCUUGCGUUUAUUGAAUCAUUUAUAUCAUAAAGUGUGAUUAUUUAUAUUUUAUAUUUAGCGAUUUUUGUUUCUGCACAUCAUGAUUAAUCGUCGUUUGAAUUGUCAUAUAUACAUAUAUUAAUGCAAUACAUUAGCGGCAUUUUUCAACUCGUCAUUCGUAACAGUAGCUGUGUAAUAACUUGUCUCCUGAGUUUGCUUAUACAUAUAAUUAACACUAUUAUAAUACAUUUAGAUAUAAUCAAAAGAAAUCCUGGAAAAAAAAACGUUUGUUGAGACGACAGCUUUCAAACAUGUAGUGCAUGUACAGACUAUUGUAUUCUGACGAACAAAAAUAUACAUGAAGUUUCCUUACA